AACGAAUGAAGACGGCGAAUAAGCUAACGUGUUUGUGAUCAAGAUAAGAUCAAACCUCUCCCGAGAUGUGCGGCUAUAAAACACUCUCACAAGCUCCACACACACACCUCACUCCAAAUGGAAGAACCGCAAGGGAUCAUCGCGUUCUCCACGCUUGGAUUGCCAAUCUACGGCUUUGAUGUCUUCUCCGUCACCGUUAACUGCCGGUCCGAUUCAGUUCUAGAGGAAUUCCGACACACUGACGGCGUCUCCGUCAAUUACAACGGCGAGUUCGUCGAUGAUGGCGGCGAGGCCGUCGUCUUCGUCUCCGAGCGAACGGGCUCGUCUCGGCUUUUCCGGACAGGUUCGCCGGACGGGAAAACUGAAUCGCUGCCGGCGAUCUCUGAGAGCCUCUUCCAGGAUCGGCCAACGAUACGAGGUGAUCGUCUGUACUUCGUCUCCGCCCAUGAGAAGCCUUCGUCUUGGUUCAAGAGCUGGGCCGCCGUCUACUCAACCCGGCUUGACACCGGCGAUACCGUCCGGCUCACUCCGCCGGAUUCUGCCGAUCUAAGCCCCGCCUUGUCCCGAUCCGGCGAUCUGAUCGCCGUGGCUUCGUAUGGGUCCAAGCCAUGGCCGGGCGAUUUUCGCGAGCUGGAGACGGAGAUCGUGGUGUUCAGAGCCUCCGAUCCAUCCACCCGGACGGUGAUCACCCGGCGAGCCGGAUGGCCUGCGUGGGCCGGCGACUCGACGCUGUUCUUCCACCGCGUCGCCGAUGAUGGCUGGUGGAGCGUAUUCCGUGUGGAACUGACCGCGGAUCUCGACAUCGCCGGCAAAGAACGUCGGAUCACACCGCCAGGACUGCACGCCUUCACGCCGGCGGCCACCCACGACGGCAAAAUGCUCGCCGUCGCCACGCGGCGCAAGGGAGGGACUCCACAAAUCGAGAUCUUCGAUCUCGAAUCGGAGACCUUUCUCCAAGUCACCGAGCUUAUAAACCCGAAGCUCCACCAUUACAACCCGUUCUUCUCUCACGAUUCGACUCGGCUCGGCUACCACCGAUUCCGAGGCGAGUCAGCGUCAGGUGACUCAGUCACGCCCCAUCUCCAACCAGUCACGUCCCCGGUGAAAUCUCUUAAAAUGCUCCGCCUCUCCGCCACCUUCCCAGCAUUCUCUCCCGACGGUGACCUCAUCGCCAUCAACGGCAAUUUAACGGACGGCCCAGGAUUAAUGCUCCUCAAAUCCGACGGCUCUAAAGGAUGGACCCUUCUGAAAGACUCCAUGGCGUUCUACACCACGUGGAGCCCAACCGAGAAGGGAGUAAUCUACACUUCACUGGGGCCCAUCUUCGAGUCCGUCAAAGCAACGGUGCAGAUCGCCCGGAUCAAGUUCAGUCUCGAUGAUCUCGUGGACGGUCGUGAUGAAGUUCCAGUGGAGGUGAAGAUACUCACGAGAGGGGAAACGGGGAACAAUGCGUUUCCCUCGUGCUCGCCUGACGGAAAGUUUUUGGUUUUCCGUUCCGGCAGAACGGGGCAGAAGAACUUGUACAUCGUUGACCCCGUUGAAGGGGAAACGGGAAACGGGGAGGGGAUACGGCGGUUAACAGACGGUGAUUGGGUGGAUACGAUGCCGUGUUGGUCACCGGACGGUAAGCUUAUCGCGUUCUCAUCGAACCGUCACUGCCCGGAGGACCAGGCCGUGUUCAGUGUGUAUCUCGUGGGGCCGGACGGGAAGGGGUUGCGACGGGUACACGUGGCGGGUGAGGAAGGGUCGGAUGACGUGGAUAGGGAGAGGAUCAACCACGUGUGCUUCAGUGGGGACUCCAGGUGGCUGCUUUUUACUGGUAACUUGGGUGGGGUCGUGGCGGAGCCUGUGUCGGUGCCUAAUCAGUUUCAGCCGUACGGGGACUUGUACAUUGUACGCGUGGAUGGGACCGGGGUGAAGAGGCUGACAUGUAACUGUUUUGAGAAUGGGACGCCAGCAUGGUACUCGGGUGGUGGGGUCCUGGAUAUUGGGUCACUUAGUUUGGUUGAGAAUGAGGGUGUCAAGUUACGUGGGCAAUUUGAUGAGCCACUUUGGUUAACUUGUGACCUUUAACGCAAUGUAACUCAUUGCAUCAAUAAUGUUUAAACUGAAUAAUGAAAAAUGUUGGAUUUAUCAAUCAUGUUCAAGAA